AUGUCAUCGGACAGAAAGGUCCGUUUUGGCGAAGACACCAGCCAUGGUGGGGUUAAGAGCCGUGAUUCCGGCGUCGGAUCGUCGAACCAAAGCCGUAACGCCGGAACAGACCGUAGCACAGAAUUUGAGGGGCAGCAUCUCAACAUCCACGCUUUGCAAGAAGCGCUGAUGGUUGCAAACGCAAACGUAUGGAGCCAGAAAGCGAAGAAUGUAGAGCUUGAUCGGGCACUGUCCAAUGCCCAUAAAGCUGCGCGUGAGCGCGAGGCAGAGCUGCGGGGUCUGUAUGAUGAAAUCGCUGCCCUCAAAGCGCAACUUGAAGAUUGCAAGCAUACAAUUGACGAGUUAAGAACUGCUCCCAAGCGGUCUAACCAAUCCAAAGACUCGGAUGGUGUGAUGAGCGGUAGAGCCGGCCCCCUUCCUUCUAGGCCUAGCAGGUCCAAGAGCAGCCGUGAGGAACCUAUGAAGGAACGUCUGAAAGAACGCUUCAACAAAGACCACGAAGAGAUAUUGUCACAACAAAAUAAUGAGCCCGCCUUUCGCUAUGUUAUUGUCGGAGGAAGUAGCAAAAAGCAGUAUCCGGAAACGAAGACUCAUUCAGUGCCUCACCGCGCAGACCACACUGUUUUUAUAGAUGGCAAUCCACAGCCUCCAAGUCUAAACCCCGCCUCGCAAAUUAGUCUCCCUGUUGAGAUCGUUCAGCGGCGGGCUUCUGAUAGAGGUCUAAGAACUGAACAGAAAAGGACUUUAUCUUCCGCUGUGCCGCCCAGCAUAACGACCUCUACUCCUCGAGACCUUACACAAACCAUUGACUCCGACAUGAGCCAGGCCAAUUCGGCUAUUGGCACAUUGGUUCUCAUUAUCGACCGCGCCGAAAACCUACUCAUCAGAAAGACGAAUGUGAAGCGGUAUCCGUACGUGGCCCUGGAAGUAGGCAACGAAGUCAGAAAUGCCUUCACAGAAAUGCGAGGUGGCCGGACAAUCAAGUGGGACCAAGAACUUAGAUUCACAAUCUACGAUCUGCCCAAUUAUUACCAGCUGAAGCUAACUAUUUUCAAUGACGACGUGACAAAUGAGGUGAUUGGAGAAACACGGAUUAACUUACGAGAUAUAAUAGUACCUGGGGGUGGUCAAAACGAUAGCUGGCGUGCUCUCGGUCGCUAUGGAAGCUACGCAGGCGAGAUCAAGCUCGAAAUUACCUACUAUGACACCAGGCCAAAGCUCAAGAAAGCUGUGGCAAUUCAACCCAGUCCAGUUCGCACGAGUCCUUCAAGUUCAACUGUUCUCAGUGCCGCUUCCAAGGAAUUUUCACGAUUUCUCCUAACAAGGGAACUUCCUGAAGAAUUGCGCAUGGCGAUGAAGCCUGAGAGAGGGACAUCAGUGGAUUGCUGGACAUUGAAUUCGUCCCCUGAGCUAGCGGGCUUCAUCACACCCUUACGUGUUGAUAGCUGCCCGGUCAUCAUCCCUGUGUCUUUUCGAUACCCCUUGCACAAUGCCCUGGGACCACCGCCAGAUCCGCACCCACAACCGAUAUCACCUUCGAAAGUCAUUACAGACGAGGUGGUUGCGGAUUUAUUCAAUACUUACGACAUGAUUCUGGGAUUUUAUAUUCUCCUCAAUGGAUGGAUUCAGAUUAUUGUACCCGAGGAUUUCGAUUACAGUUACGCCCUUUCCCACCGACCGAGUCGUUUCGGCGGCUUAUACGUCAGUUACAUCCCAAGCAUAAGAACUCCAACGGCGGAGCGAUCUCAGGGAAACCCGGCUCUCCCGGCAGUCACGUCACCUCAGCCAUCAGUCUCCUCAGCGAGGACGACAGAUCAACAAACAGCGUUUACUAGUUCUAGCCCUGCAAGGCGGCCCGGUUUUUCACAGCGUGGCAAGACCAAUGUCAAAAUAGGAUCUACUGUACGUUUGACGAUAGGAGACCUGCGCCAACGUGAGAGGAUAGAAGGAAAGAUUGGCGUCAAAACUAGAAUGGCGAAUGGACAGCACUACUUGACCAUUCCGACUCAUAUGAUUACUGAGGCUAUUAAGCUGUCAAAGGGCCCCAACUUCAAAUCUGUGAUCGAUCGAGAAAUGGCCAAGGUAAUGUUUGGAGAGCAGGAGCUGGGUGCUGUUGUCCAGACGUUUGACUCGGAUGCUGAAUCCUUCCCGAAUGGCUUCAUGCAUGAUGUGAGCCUAGUGAACGUGAGCAACAAUUCACCUUUGGUAUCUGAAGUCAGUACACACGGGCAAUUAAGCUGGAUCUCCGAGGAAGAGUGGCAUAAGAUUCGCUUCGAUACGAGCAAGGUAUUUGUCCUCAAUGACGCUGAUAUUGAGGCUAAGACUAUUAGUAUCAAGGACGAAAGCCAUAAUAUUAUCGUUGGGCAAGGCAUAUUCAGGAAUCAACCAAAAACAACCUGGAAGGAUAAAUUAAAAGGAAAGCCUAAUGUAACACAUCCGCACGAAACGUGGACGUCCAUGGUCUCGCGAUCGCUGCUCUAUCGAGUAAGAAUGAACAGCCCCAUGGACCACAAUGCAAUCCCCAUGAGCGGGUCAGUUAUCUGCAUCACUGAUGAGGUAAACGGGCUCUCUGAACCAAAAUUGGCUGGAUUUCAAUCUUUCGUUCAACCAGCCGGAUUUGCGCCAAACUACGAGAUGGAAGGCGAGCGUUUGUGGAGAAGGCUUCAGGAUGGUGAUGUCAGCUUCUGCGGUGCUUUUCAGCUUCCAAGGGAGCUAACGAAGAAUCAUGUUAUAGUCUAG